AUGACAAGUCAUCGCACGCGCAUGCAAUAUGAGCAGCAACGACAGCUGGGAUUUGCUCGGAACGAUAGCGCCUCCUCACUACGCUCCGGUGAUCCUCUUCAAACCCCAUCCGGGUCAUCUAUUCGUGGCCCGACUAGAACAGGCUAUGCGGAACCCAGUGGCUCCGUAAUUUCCGGAUCCUAUCUGUCAUCAAAACCACGAUCCUACUUGAGCGGAACAGCUGCUUCGGCUACAAGGAAUCACGAAAACUACCCGGAGUCCACAGUGCAACCGGAAUCUGUCCGUUCGCCUUCGGUCGGCGGACCACGAUCCCAAGUGAAUCAUGGCACAGCGUCUGCUUCUAUCGAUCGUCUGGGCCGUGCUGGAAGUGUGACAAGUUACCAACCAUCGACUAUGAUGGGUAAAUCAGUAUAUGGUACAAGAUCGUUGUAUGGAGCAAGCCAGUUGAAAAUGUCACGAAGCUUAAAAGCGUCGAAAGUAAGUGACAGUAUUUAUCCAAGUUCAAACUUUAGUGAACCAAUGGCCGAUGCUCAAGAAAAAUUGGUUAGCGGUCAAACAUCAAAAGAUGCCUUAACGCGUGCUCCUAUUGGGUCCCGUACCACACUUGUUAUUCCUUGA